UAAACUAUCAGUUCACUUCAGUAGCUUCAUAGUCCAAGUUAUUACAAGAAACUCACAAAACUCACUAUGAAAUUCUUCGUUUACAUUACUUUGAUCGCCGCCAUCUUCAGCGUUGUCUUGGCUGGCCCAGUUAGUAGUGGCAGUUCUGCGUCUGCCGACAAAGAAGCGGCAGCCGAACAGAAUGCACAAGGCGUUCACCUCCAAAAUAUGUUCGAUUUGAGCCGUUUCCGUAAAUCAGCUUAUGGGGGUGGUGCCAGCAGCAUUCCAGCACCGCUUUGCCCGCAGAACUACCUUAUCAGCUGUCAACCCAACUUGGCACCAGUCGCUUGUGCUCCACCUCCACGUGGUUAUUAAGCAAUGAUGACAAAUGGCAAUGAAUACAUGGAAAUCGAGCGGAGGAAUAAGUAAUAAAUGUCCACGGUUUAGUACUUAUGAUUUGAAUAAAUAAAAACAAAAUUUUAAUUGAA